AUGGACGCUCCCUACGACCCCACCAAGGGUCUCUUCGGCCCGGCUCUGCAGAAGAUGAGGGAGCCGAGCACCCUCAGAAAGCAGGAGGGUGAGGCUUUCGACCUGUGUUUGCCUCGUAAGCAGGCGCCGCGACCCACGGCGCGCUCGCGAGAGGGAGGCAGCCCGAGGCAGCCUGAGGCCAAGACGGCGCACAGACCCGCGUCUGGCUGCAGCGAGCAGCAGCCGAGAGCGGGGAACAAGAAGCCGUGGGGAAAACAGUCUUUCGCUGCGAGGGUCCUAAGGAGCCUCUCUGUGCCGUCUCUCCCCUCUCACGGAGGGAGAGACGGCACAGAGAGGCUCCAUAGGACCUCUUGCUACACAGGAGGGAAACUGGCGCGCAUGCGCAGUUCACCCUUGGGAGAGGAUACAGGCAUUCACUCAGUGUUUGGCCUGUUUCCAGCUUGGCGCGGCUGUGCCAUUCAGAGUCUGCCUGCGGCUACUGGGUUUGAUGGUGUCAGUCAUAUCGGUAGUGAGGCUGGGCCUCCUCAUGAUGAGGGAUGUGCAGAGAUGGGUGGCAUCAUUAAAACUGUGCCCCCGGCGUCACCUCCGCCGUUUGGUGACGGUUUCACCAGAGGGCAUGGCGGCUCUCCAUCAGUGGCGGAACUUGGCGAUUUUUUCUCAGGGAGCGCGCCUGGGGACAGUAGCGUUGAGGGUUGUCAUGGCGACGGACGCGUCGCUGACAGGAUGGGGAGCGACCUUCGAGGGCAGAGCUGUGAACGGCAUCUGGCCAUCGGAGCUGACCCAUGCUCACAUAAACUAUUUGGAGUUAAUGGCAGUAUUUCUAGCACUGAAACAUUUUUUGCCGCUCCUCAGGGACAAACAUGCUCUAUUAAAGUCCGACAACUCCACGGUGGUGGCGUAUGUGAACCGUCAGGGGGGCACACGAUCGUUGCAGCUACACGAAUUGGCUCACAAGAUUAUUCUAUGGAGCAGCUCUCGGCUCAGGUCGCUGCGGGCGACGCACGUGGCGGGAGUACUGAACAGAGGAGCGGAUCUCAUGUCAAGAGGAAAUCCUCUGUUUGGGGAGUGGAAACUUCAUCCCCAAGUUGUGGCUCAGGUGUUUCAGAGAUACGGCCAGGCUGCCGUAGAUCUGUUCGCAUUGCAGGAAAACGCACAGUGUCCUCUGUAUUUCUCCCUGGCAGACGCAAAUGCACCAUUGGGUGUGGAUGCAUUGGCUCACCCGUGGCCAGAAGCCCUAUUGUACGCGUUCCCUCCCCUCAGCCUGAUUUCCCCCACUCUAGCCAGAGUGAGGGAGCAGGGUUUGUCACUGAUCCUGAUAGCACCACGGUGGCCAUCCAGACACUGGGUGGCGGAGAUAGUGCAGCUGCUGUCGGGCCAGCCAUGGCCCCUCCCGCCACGCAGGGACCUCUUGUCCCAGGCCGGGGGGGAGAUUUACCAUCCCCACCCCGAACUGGUGGCACCCUGGGCCUGGCCCGUGAAAGGCUCAAUCUGGAUGCAGUCGGACUGCCCCCCAGUGUGAUCGACACUAUUCAGUGUGCGAGGGCCUCUUCCACCCGCUCGCUAUACAGUGGUAAAUGGCGGGUAUUUGAGAAGUGGUGUGAGGAGAGGCAGAUUGUCUCCUUUCAGUGCUCAGUGAGGGAUAUCCUCUGUUUUCUUCAGGACCUGUUGGACAGAGGUAAAGCCUUUUCCACAAUUAAGGUUUACUUGGCGGCUAUCUCAGCGUGCCAUUUGGGCCCGGGUGAUAAAACACCGGGCCAACACCCGUUGGUGGGCAGCUUUAUGAAAGGGGUGCGCCGCAAACACCCUGUUUCUAGGCCCCUGGUGCCGUUAUGGGAUUUGUCAGUGGUGCUAGAUGCCCUUUCUCGACAUCCAUUUGAACCUUUGGAAGGUGUGGGAUUGAAGUUCCUCUCACUCAAAACUGCGGUGCUCUUAGCUUUGACUACAGCAAAGCGAGUGAGUGAUCUACAGGCACUGUCGACACGCUCAGUCUGUAUGCAGUUUGCCCCAGGGGGAUCUAAGGUGUGUUUAAGGCCUAACCCGGCCUUUGUACCUAAAGUAGUGGAGUCUGCGUACAGGUGCCCCACGGUGGAACUAGGGGCUUUUCACCCUCCCCCGUUUGAGACAGCGGAAGAUCGCAGACUGAAUACUUUAUGCCCGGUGCGGGCAUUACGUCUGUAUGUGGAUAGGACAGCAGGGUUCCGGAGGAGUGACCAGCUGUUCGUGUCCUGGGCUACGCCCCACAAGGGGAAACCACUGUCCUGCCAGAGGUUAUCCCACUGGAUUGUGGAUGCCAUAGAGCUGGCUUACAGAUGCAGGGGCCUGCAGCCUCCUGCAGGGUUAAAAGCUCACUCCACCAGAGGCAUGGCUACGUCAUGGGCUCUGUUUAAAGGGGUCAGAGUUGAGGACAUUUGUGCUGCGGCAAGUUGGGCCACACCACACACAUUUGUGAGAUUUUACAGGCUGGACAUUUCUGACACGUCCCUAGCCCAUGCGGUGCUGGGGACGGGGGCUUCGGAGGCCGUUUAA